AUGAGUUUCGAGCGAACCAUUGCGAAAUCCGCGACCGUGCAGCUGACGAUCAGACAACAAGCGGGUGUGGCUGUCCUCGAAUUGGCCCGUCCGCUCAAACGAAACGCCUUAUCGCAGGAUUUGAUAGACGAGCUGACAGGGGUCCUGCGUCAACUGGAUCGCGAUGGCUCUGUGAGGGCUGUUGUUCUUACCAGUGUCGAAGGUUCUCCGUUCUGCGCUGGCGCGGACCUGAACGAACUAGCAAAAAUAUCUACCGCCGAGGCAUAUCGCAUCGGCUGGCUCAAGGAUCUUGAGGAAGGAUUAUCGUCCUUUCGGAAGCCGAUCAUUGCAGCUGUGAGGGGGUUUGCUUUUGGCGGUGGUUUCGAGGUUGCGCUCAUGUGCGACAUGAUCUUUGCAUCCGAAGAUGCACGUUUUGGCUUCCCCGAGAUCAAGCUUGGAACCCUUCCCGGAGCCGGUGGCACCCAACGGCUAACUAGGGCCGUCGGAAAGCAGAAGGCUAUGGAGAUGAUAUUGACUGGGGUACCUCAAUCAGCCAGCGAGAUGGAAAGGUACGGAAUCGUGAACAGGGUCAUUCCACUCGACCAGAGCGUCUUGGAGGAGGCGAUCAAAGUAGCAGAAGUGACUGCUGCGUUCUCUGCUCCUGCAGCACAGCUGGCUAAGCAGGCCAUCAAAGCUGGGGCUACCCGAAAUGCAUACUCAGUACCUAAUGCGGGACAAACAGCAGAGGCAACCACGUUGAACGCGGGGUUAGAGAUUGAACGUGCGUUGUAUUACAGCAGCUUUUCGCUUGCCGACUGCGAGGAAGGGAUUGGAGCCUUCUUGCAGAAGCGAGCACCAAAUUUUCAACAUCGAUGAUGUCGCUCGCAUGGUGGUGUACUGAAAGGUACGUGGGAGCUCGAUUUCUCCGUCGCAUUUCCGGGCAACAUUGUGCUGAUCUUUUCACCUUGUUGGUUGGAAUGUAGUCGCCGUCUGUUGCACGCCAGGAACGUCGAACGAGUGGGCCGGAAAACUUGGAAAAAACAAGGCACGAUGCUUCUGAGGACUACUCCAAGAUAACAUAGCAUGCUUCUUUUGGUAAGAGCGAGUACAUAAGCGGUAAUCACGCCCGUCUUGGUACGGUAAAUAGCGAGGAUAAAAUUCAAGCUAUAGCAAUCAUUUUAAUUAGUGGAUUCGAGAGAAGAAUAAAAGGCCCGAUAUCUCUUGAGCGGCGGUUUCGGAUGAUACCGAGCUGCACCUGGCCCGCCUCCCGUGUCGUUUUCCUUGUAACUUCUCGAAGGAGAAAUACAUUUUGAUUAAGUGUCACACCUCCCCCUCCCUAAACACGGCUGAUUUUGGUAGUUGGGAGGCGCUCGCGCAUUCGUAACCUAACUUCCGAAGCAUGCUUUGUAUUUCUCCACCCGAUAUAUUGCUUUGCCCUGGAUCUUCACAUGUGUUGACUCGCGACCGGUUAUGCAGCACGUGGAGGAAAGGGCCACGCGUGAAAUAAGCUUCCGACACCUGAUUACCAGGCUUACAAAACUGCACUCCACGUAACUUCGCCGUGCCACGUACGUCACCUCGUGUUCCUGCCGCCGCAUUCUCUCUUUUAUCCUUCCCAGGGUUAUACCAAGUUCUUUGACAUGUUAUUGCCACAAGAACGCCUUGCGAACAAGAGUACUACUACCCGUAGGUAACGGAUCAAGUGUCUUGAUCGGGACAUCAUCUCCCCUUGUUGUAUCACGAACAGCGAUCCUCGUCAGUUCUCCUUUCCGUUAAGACCCAUCCAACCUCCAGCCUGGUAUCCGGUGGGUCCUUAGCACGUUUGCUCCCGCGGUUCGAACUUCCCAGAGGGGUCUUCCGGCGGGUCAAACAACCCACUUCCCGUUGUUGUUGCUACGUAGCUUCAAACCAAAGUGUUUCCAGGAAACUACCGAAACUAUCGAUCCGCGUUUCGGUAUAUGAAACAAAGGCAUCGGUCGAAUUUCGUUUUGUUUCUUUUCUUUCCUACCAGUGCAAGUUUCUAGAAGCUCAGCUCAUGGGCUGCGACCUUUGUUCGAAUCAACUGGGCAGGUCAUUCCGCUCCAUUAGUCUGCAGCUCUGCUCUUUGAGUCCACUGAUAUUUCCUAUCCACAACGCUUCCACGUCUU